UUUAUAUCUAUGGUUAUCGAUGAAAUACCUAAUAAUUUUUCAGAAUUCCAAAUUUGAAGAUUUUCAAGGAAGACCUAAAAUGGUGUGAAGCUUAGGCCCAGAAGAACAUAUAGGCCAGGGCUAAAAACCCACCCACCUCCUCUGGCACUUAAAGACCGAUAGCUCGGGUGAAAAUUUGGCUCCAUCUAUGUUUCCUAGUUCUACUUCAGCUUCUGUCUCAGAAACAGAACAUCAUUUGAUCUUCAGUUUUCUCUCUUCUUGUCUUUCUAUCAAGGUACGUGAUGCUCAGUUACUGUUCUCAAAGGGCUAUCUUUAUUAGUUGUCUUUAAAAGCCUAUGCUAGUUUUUCUUGUUCACUAAUGUUGAAGGGACCAAAGCUCGCCCCUGUGAGCAAAACCCUUCAAAUUUUUAUCAAAACCCAGUCUUUAUCACUUUUUCCAUCUGGAUUUGUUAGAAAAUUCAGUGGUUUUAACUCAAAAGAUAAUGAGUCGGCACAUGAGACUGAAUGGGAAAGAUUACUCAAGCCAUUUGACCUUAAAGAACUUAGAAGAUCUUUCAAUAAGAUUACACCAUUUCAACUUUGUAAACUUCUUGAAUUGCCACUCGAUGUGGAAACUUCAAUGGAGAUAUUCAAGUGGGCUGGUGCCCAAAAGGGCUAUUGCCACUCAUUUAGUGUGUACUAUUUGUUGAUUGAUAAGCUUGGGGCAGCUGCGGGUUUUAAGGUUAUAGAUAGGUUGUUAUUGCAAAUGAAAGAGGAGGGGAUUGUUUUUAGAGAGUCCCUUUUUAUUUUGAUUAUGAAAUAUUAUGGAAGAGCUGGUUUGCCUGGACAAGCAACUAGGUUGUUAUUGGAUAUGAAGGGUGUUUAUUGUUGUGAACCAAGCUUUAGGUCGUAUAAUGUUGUAUUGGAUGUAUUAGUAGUUGGUAAUUGUCCUAGUGUUGCAUCCAAUGUUUUCUAUGACAUGUUGAGUAAGGGUGUUUCGCCAAAUGAUUAUACAUUUGGGCUGGUGAUGAAAGCACUUUGUAUGGUUAAUGAGGUGGAUAAUGCCUGCUUGCUGCUUAGGGACAUGACUAAACAUGGUUGUGUGCCAAAUUCGAUGAUUUACCAGACUUUGAUAGAUGCACUUUCCAAGAGAGAUAGAGUCGACGAGGCCUUGAAACUUUUGGAGGAAAUGUUCUUGAUGGGUUGCCCGCCUGACGUCAAUACCUUCAAUACUGUUAUUUAUGGUUUCUGUAGGCUCAAUCGAGUUCUUGAGGGAGCAAAAUUGGUUGACCGGAUGAUUCUCAAGGGAUUUACCCCUAAUGACAUGACUUAUGGAUACCUAAUGCAUGGAUUGUGUAAAACAUGUCGAAUCGAUGAAGCUCAGGCAUUGUUGAGCAAAGUCCCUGGUCCAAAUGUUGUGCAUUUCAAUACACUGGUUAAUGGAUUUGUGAGGAAUGGAAGAUUGAAUGAAGCCACAGCUUUUGUUUAUGACAAGAUGAUAAACAAUGGCUAUGUUCCUGAUGUUUUCACAUUUAGCACACUUGUUAAUGGCCUUUGCAAGAAGGGGCUUUUUGGUUCUGCUCUUGAAUUGGUUAAUGACAUGGAUGCUAAGGGGUGCAAGCCCAACUUAAAUACAUAUACAAUUUUGAUUGAUGGGUUCUGCAAGAAAGGCCAACUAGAGGAAGCUGGUCUUAUUUUACGUGAGAUGUUAACUAAGGGAUUUAGUCUGAAUACAGUGGGAUACAAUGCCCUAAUAUCUGCCUUGUGCAAGCAUGGAAAGAUUCAUGAAGCCCUGGACAUGUUUGGUGAAAUGUCAAGUAAAGGAUGCAAGCCUGACAUAUUUACUUUUAAUUCCUUAAUUUUUGGUCUGUGCAGGGUUGAUGAGAUGGAGGAUGCUUUGGCUCUUUACCGCGAUAUGGUUUUAGAGGGUGUUAUUGCUAACAGUGUAACUUUCAACACGUUGAUUCAUGCUUUUUUGAGGAGAGGUGAAAUCCAAGAAGCCCUUAAGCUUGUAAAUGAUAUGUUAUUUAGAGGAUGCCCUCUUGAUGAAAUCACUUACAAUGGUCUAAUAAAGGCACUUUGCAAAACUGGGGCUGUUGAGAAGGGACUGGGUUUGUUUGAAGAAAUGAUCAGGAAGGGGCUAACCCCCAGCAUUAUCACUUGUAAUAUUCUGAUCAAUGGCUUCUGUACAGCUGGCAAAGUACAUAAUGCACUAGAGUUUAUGAGAGACAUGAUUCAUCGAGGUUUCUCGCCAGACAUAGUCACUUACAAUAGCCUAAUUAAUGGUUUAUGCAAGAGAGGACGCAUCCAAGAGGCUUUGAAUCUCUUUGAGAAAUUGCAGGCUGAAGGAAUACAACCUGAUUCUAUUACAUACAACACUCUGAUUUGCUGGCUCUGUAGAGAGGGAGCAUUUGAUGAUGCAUGUUUUCUUCUCUAUAGAGGUGUUGAGAAUGGCUUUGUACCUAAUGAUGUGACAUGGAAUAUCUUGGUUUACAAUUUCGGUAAACAAAGUAACUCAGAGGGUCAGACCAUCACCUAUGCUCAGUUUUCGUGACAGAAAGGUAGCUUCUGCUCUUGAAAGAUGGAAUCUUGUUUGGCCUACUUUAUAAUCUAAAAGAAACAUGUCCCAGUUGGGACAUCAGAAUUUCUGCUUGGAUAGGCCAUUGGCUGCUAAGAAUCGCUGGGAUUAUAAUUUAUGGGCUCUGGAAAUAAUCUUUGGUGAAAGAAAUGAGCGUUCGUUUUGUAGUGAUCAUAUUGUGUUUUGUUCACUUUUGGAUUUUUUUGAACGUCAAAGGGUUCAUGCUUUGCCUGCUGGUGGGAUUUUUGGCUGGAUACAAGUAAAGGAGAUAGGUACUAGUUUGAGCCAGUAAUUAUUGAGGUGGAAGGCUUCACCUUAAUAAUGUCUGCCAACAGAAAUCUUUAAUAGUCCAAACUCAAGUAUUUAUAUGGACUACUGUCUAGGCUGUUUCAGCAGGAUCUCUCCUUUCUCUGUGUUUUAGUUAGACACCAGAUGAAAUUCUAGGCACCAAAGGUACCAGACCAACCAUUGUCUUGGAGAGGAACUGAUCUUUAUAUCUUAGCUGAUUGUUGAAAACAUUCCAGAUUUUGGUUUAAUCAAAUAAAGGAUGCUCGAGAAGCUCAGAUGCCGAUGGUCUCUCGAAUUGCUGGACAAGGCACUUCAGCCACAGGCCUCACAUACACAAUUCUCUAUGAGGAUGUUGCCCAUCCAAACUCUCAAGUGUUGAACUCUCCCUAUCUCCAUUGAUAUAGCACAUUAAUAUCAUUGAAUUAAAUAUUUGUUUAACCUUCUUCCAUUAUUAAAAUUCAAAAUUCAAUGUCCA